CCAUUUCUCACACAAAUUACAAACCUCUUAAAUUCUUCUAAGUCCUAACACAACACAACACUUUCUAUUCUCUUCUUUAUCAACAAUAUUCACUAUUAUUCUUCCAAAACAAAUUCCAAAAAAUGCAUUACCAAACAGCAUCAUGGGGAAGCUACAUGUCCCAAGCAAGAACAACAACAUCAACAACAACAACCACAAUGAUAGGGGACCCACUUGAGCGAAUAGAAAGACUAGCAUCCGAGAAUGCGGUGGUGAUAUUUAGCAUAAGCACGUGCUGCAUGUGCCAUGCGAUCAAAAGGUUGUUUUGUGGAAUGGGUGUGAAUCCAACGGUUCAUGAGCUUGAUGAAGAUCCAAGAGGAAAUGAACUUGAAAGAGCACUAAUGAGACUUAUUGGUACUAACAAUGUUGUACCUGUUGUUUUCAUUGGUGGUCAACUUAUUGGUACUAUGGAUAGAGUCAUGGCUUGUCAUAUUAAUGGUACUCUUGUUCCUCUUCUCAAACAAGCCGGUGCUCUUUGGCUUUGAAAUUAAAAGAAAAAAAAAAACCCAUCUUUUAACUAUUUUGUGUCUUUUGAUUUUACAAUCAAUUUGUUAUAAUUACAAUUAACUAUGUAUUUUUGUAAAAUCUACAUUUCAGAGGUUCAACAAAAUUACCAUCAUUGUAAUUUUGUCAAACUAAUUGUAAUUUCAAACGCACACUUACAAAAAAAAAAAAGGUAAUUUGUAAUUGGUUUUAUGGUACACUUGACUAGAGUUCUUUACCAAUUGUAGUCUGUUGUACUGUAAAAUCAAUCGAGAGUAUUCAAUUUUGUUCAAAUAGUUAAUUGAUGGGAAUUUUUUUCAAGAGGUUUGUUUUAUCAAACACUCUGCAUUUUAGUACUACUACUACGGUUGUUAUCAAAAGCAAAGGAUGAGGAAGUGGAAAGUGGGCUUUUUUGUGAGACUCUUCCAUUUCAUUUUGGAUACACUACUACCUUGUUUCUCUUUUUCUGACUUGUUAAUUAAUCUAUUUUUCUACUUUGAGUCUUGUUGUGUUUUUCUUAGUUUUUUUUUUUAAUCUUGGGUUGUAUUUGGGUUUGUUAUGGUUUACUUGUUUUGUUUAAGAUUUCCUUCCUAUGUAAAGACAAAAAACAUAUUGGAAGAAGAAAAAGAUGAGCUAAUUUUACUGUUUAUUCUUGAUUUA